CAAGCGUUCAGACCAAUUUUUGUUUAAAAAAAACGUUCGUUAUGAAAAAUUAAAUGUAACAAUCUUAACAGUUUGUGUAGCGCGUAUAGGUACUUUUAGUUCAACCAUGACUGCCAAAGUUUCUGAAGAUUUAGAAAUAUUGACUUAUAUACCUGAAUCAGAAGUUAGUGAAGGAAAUGUGAAACUGAAACCUGAUCUUGCAGCUAGAGAAUCUGAAACUUUAUUCUUAUUUCAACACGUUACAAAAGGAACUGCACCUACAACUUUUGAAGAGGCUGCCAAAUUAGUAGGAUUUGGCAAGUUCAACAUUUUGCUGAUUAGUUUAACAGUUUUUGGUAUAUUCUCUCAUAUGUCUGAGAUUGGUUCAGUGGCGUAUAUUCUUGCAGCAGCCCAAUGUGACUUAAAUUUAUCUUUACAGCAAAAAGGGUAUCUAAAUUCUAUAAUUUUUGCAGGAAUGAUAUCGGGGUCUUUCAUUUGGGGGUUCCUUUUAGAUGUUUACGGACGACAGAAGUUGAUGAUGAUAGGUUAUUUACUUGCCGCAAGUUUUAAUUUUUUAGGCAGUCUAUCUCAAAGCUUUGAGAUGCUUUUGAUUUGUAAAUUUUUUGGAGGAUUUAUUAUUGUAGGUCCCUCUGCUGCCAUGUCUGCAUAUUUAAGCGAAUUCCAUUCAUCAGAAUACAGAAACAAGGUUCAGUUAAUAAAUGGAACUUUAGCAAGCGUCGCUCAAGUCGUGAUGCCUCUAAUCGCCUGGGGAAUCCUCCCCUUACCAAUCAAAUGGUCUUUAUUUGAUGGAUAUGUUGAAUUGCAUUCUUGGAAUGUGUUCCUGAUGGUGGCGGGCUUGGUCCCGCUGAUAGGUGGGAUUACAUUUAUUUUUCUUCCCGAGAGUCCCAAGUUUUUAAUGACGUCAGGAAAAAACGAUGAAGCAAUGGACAUAUUACGUACGGUAUAUAGUUGGAAUACGGGAAAUCCGCGGGAUUCGUUUCCAGUUAAGAUGUUAGUUGAAGAAAAAGUUAAAAACACCAAAAACAGAAAUAUUCUAGAAGACAUCAGAGUGGGAGUUCGCAACUUAAUCGCAAUAUUCAAACCUCCACAUUUAUGGAAGUUUUUUAUUAUUACCGUUACAAUGACCAUGUGUCUAUGCAGUCUUCAGUGUUUACGUCAGUGGAUGCCGCAGCUGUUUCAAUCGAUCGAAGACUACAAAUCGAUAAAUCACGGUAAUAUUUCGGACAUUUGUACAAUGUUAAGUGGAUUAAAUCUGGAGAGAAAAUCCAAUGACGGUUGUUCUACGGAUGUUACAAAAUCCAUGGUCUACAUAAAUGCAAUGGCUGGUGCCAUUUUUCAAGUUGUUGCUUAUUGUCUAACGGGAUCCAUAAUAAACCUUUUAGGAAAAAAGAAGGUUCUAAUAAUAUUAUCUGGUGUUUCCGUGGCAUGCAUUAUUGGACUAUUAUAUUGGCGAGGAGCUGUAUAUAUAACCAUAUUUACAGGAGUAUACAUAGCUUGUGGACAUGUUAGUGCUUAUAUGUUCUUGUCUGUCAUUGUCGAUACAUUCCCCACAAAUUUAAGGGCUUCCGCAUUGACGAUAUCGCCAGCGAUAGGGCGGAUAGGAAUUGUUGGCACCAAUGCUGUAUUUCCGGUGUUGUUUAAACAAAGCUGUAGCGCUACCUUUAUGGUUAUUGGUGGUUCUAUGGCAGUGUGUGGUAUACUGAACUUUUGGCUGCCAGAUACAGAGCGCAAAGCUUUACAAUGAGUCGUAAAUGUGAGUGGAUGAAUGAGAAAAGAAUUCGCUCGGUUUUGCAAGUUCAAACUAUAAUAGUUUCUUAAGAAAACUUGUCCAACAGCU